AUGUUCCUCGCUGUCUUGGUUCUCGCGGCCAUGGUUCCUGCCUUGGAUGUCACAGAGAAUCUUGGCAAUAUCUACGACGAUGACCACCUGCUGGGCAUUUUUACUUUGCACUCGCUAGUUGAUGAACCUCGUACUUUGGUCCCCCGCGGUGGAUUCGCAACCGUCACGGUUACAGACACUGUGUGUGCUCCUCCGCCCGUGGCCACCACUUCUCAAAGCACGGGUACCACUUCUGGAGCCCCGGGUGCUCCUCCGGCCCCUACUGUUACCACCCUUUCUGAGACUACUGUGGUGACUGGCACUGCUCCUACUGGCACUGGCCCUGCCGGCACUAACCCUACGGGUACGGGACCCACUGGUGCUGGUUCCACUGUAGCUGGCCCUGUUAUCACCGCGACUGGAACGACUCUAUCGACUGGAACUCAAAGCAGCCCUCCUACUGGAACUGUUUCCUCAUCAGUCUCCACUAAGUCUUCUAGCGGGCCCAGCACUGCUCACCCAACUACCUCCCAAUCUACAGAGCAAGCUGGUACCACCGCCACUGCCACUGCCAGCGGCGGUCAAACAUCCACCGUUGCCCCGACUUCGAAUGAAGCGGUUGUGCAGGGAAGAAUGAGCAACGUUUGGCUGGUCCUGGCGAUGACCUUUGUUGGCUUUCUGAUGAUCUGA